AUGAAGAAGCACACCAUCCAAGUGCCGCCGCCGCGGCCGUACGUCGUCCUCGACGCCGGGGAGGACCCGGAGCAAGGCGUCGCCGUGCGCGCGCCGCUCCUGCGCCAGCUCACCUACCGUUCGUCUCCGUCGUUCAAACGAUCCAAGAGCAGCCUCGCCUCCCCCUCCUUCUCGGCGUCUCCUUCCUUCUCCUACUUGGCCUCCCCCAGGCCCAGGGUCCUGCCUUCCCCGAGGAUCAAUGAACACGAGACCCUGCUCGCCAUUCCCUCGCCGACGAUCCAAGAGGAGGCCCCGCUACCGCCGCUUCUCGACGACCACAACAGACCCAGCAGCAAGGCGCCAUUCGUAGUGCUAGGGUUCGAGUGCCUGGAGAGCACGGCGUUCAACGGCAUCUCGACCAACCUGGUGGUGUACCUGGAGACGGUGCUGCACGGCAGCAACCUCGCCAGCGCCUCCAGCGUCACCACCUGGAUCGGCACCAGCUACCUGACGCCCAUCUUCGGCGCCGUCGUCGCCGACACCUACUGGGGCAACUACAACACCAUCCUCGUCUCCCUCGCCUUCUACCUCCUCGGCAUGAUCCUCGUCACCUCCUCCGCCUUCCUCCCGGUCGCCGCGGCCGGCGGCGCCGUCGCCGGCGCGACCGGCUUCUUCAGCGCCAAGACGCUGGCGUUCGUGGGGCUCUACCUGGUGGCCAUCGGGAGCGGCGGGGUGCGGUCCUCGCUGCUGCCCUUCGGCGCCGAGCAGUUCGACGACGCGGUGGUGGCGGACCGGGAGGGCAAGGCGGCCUUCUUCAGCCUCUUCUACCUCUGCGUCGACUUCGGGCCCAUCGUCUCCGGCCUGCUCAUCGUCUACAUCCAGCAGAACGUCAGCUGGGCGCUCGGCUUCGGGAUCGCCACCGCCUGCAUCGCCGCCGCCUACGCCGCAUUCCUGCUCGCCACGCCCAUGUACAAGCGCACCAUGCCCACCGGCUCGCCGCUCAAGAGCCUCUGCCAGGUCGUCGUCGCCGCCUGCAGGAAGCUCAGCCUCCGCCUGCCCGCCGACGCCGGCAUGCUCCACGAGGCCAGCGACAAGGACGACGAGCCCAGGAUCGCGCACACCGCCGAGUUCAGCUUCUUCGACAAGGCGGCCGUCUACUCGGAGCUGGACCUCGCCGAGAGGAUCGACGGCGAGCCGGGCUCGUCCUGGAAGCUCUGCACCGUCACGCAGGUGGAGGAGCUCAAGAUCCUUCUGCGGCUCCUCCCCGUCUGGACGACCAGCAUCAUCGUCUCCGUGGCCUACUCCCAGAUGAACACCACCUUCAUCCAGCAGGGCAGCGCCAUGGACAUCAACGUGCUGUCCCUCUCCAUACCGGCGGCGUCGCUGCUCUCCUUCGAGGUGCUCUGCGUGCUCACCUGGGUGCUCCUCUACGGCUGGGUCAUCGUGCCCGCGCUGAGCAAGUUCUCCAUCUCCUCGGGCGGCGGCGGCGGGGAGCCGUCGCAGCUGCAGCGGAUGGGCGCGGGCCGCGUCCUCAUGGCGAUCUCCAUGGCGAUCGCGGCGGUCGUGGAGACGUCCCGGCUCGGCAGCGCGGCGCGCGGCGAGCAGAUCAGCAUCGCGUGGCAGCUACCGCAGUACUUCUUCCUGGCCGGCGGGGAGGUCUUCUGCUACAUCGCGCAGCUGGAGUUCUUCUACAACGAGGCGCCCGACACCAUGAAGAGCAUGUGCACCUCGCUCGCGCUGCUCACCAUCGCGCUCGGCAGCUACCUGAGCUCCUUCAUAUACGCCGUCAUCGCCCUGCUCACGGCGACGGCCGACAGCCCAGGGUGGAUCGCCGACGACCUCGACCAGGGGCACCUCGACUACUUCUUCUGGAUCAUGGCCGCCAUCUCCAUGAUCAACUUCUUCGUGUACAGCGCCUUUGCCAGGAACUACAAGCUCAAGACGGUCCUCUCGUGA